AUAUCCAGUCAGAUCCAAAUCGGUGAAAGAUGGCAAACCUCAAAAGCCUAGACUAUCCCAUCUUGCAAGCUUCUGGAAAGAACUACUUGGAAUGGGUGAAAGACACCGAAAUCCACCUAAGGUCAAAUGGCCUAGCUGGUUGCAUUGAUGAGGAAGUUGAGAGCACUGAUAAGAAAAAGAACAAGUGUCUCCAACAUAUGCACCAUCACAUUGCAGAGAGUCUCAAGAGCCAGUACCUCUUCAUAGACAAUCCACUCGCCCUUUGGACACAGCUUAAACGCCGUUACGGGCACCAAAAGACGGUGCUCCUUCCAAAGGCCGAGUUUGAUUGGAAGAACCUAAGGAUCCAGGAUUACAAAUCCGUGGAGGAGUAUAACUCUGAGCUUUUUAGGAUUGUCUCACUCCUUAGGUUAUGUGGAAAAGAGGUGACUGAAAGGGAACUGAUAGAAAAGACUUUCUCUACUUUCAGCCCUAACAAUAGAGUUCUUCAGCAACAGUAUCGGCAUCAAGGCUUUGCCGAUUAUGGGGCACUCAUUGAAUGUUUACUGCUAGCUGGGCAGAAUGAUGAGUUGCUGCUGAUGAACAGUGUUAUGAGACCUCCCGGUACAGCCCCAUUACCGGAAGCAAAUAAUGUUGAUUUGGGAAAGAAAACUACAAUGGAGUCUAAGGAGCCAAAAGCGCCCCAUGAGACCAACUAUGUCCACAGAGAAAGACACUACGGCCAAGGCCGUGGUGGCAGAGGACGUAGUGGCCGUGGCGGCCGUGGCGGACAGGCCGGCCGAGGAGGCCGCGGACGUGGUGGUAAGGGCCGUACGUCCUUUAAACCACGUACCAAGGUUAAAUCGGUCUGCGACAGAUGUGGUAUGUCAAACCACUGGUCCAAGACUUGUAGAACUCCCAAACACCUCAUUGAUGCAUACCAAGAAGUUCUAAAGAAAAAUCCGGAAGCCAACUAUGCGUACAUCGAUGAUGAAGGAGACUUCGAUCAUGAGAAUGACGACUUGCUAGAGACUUCCGAUUGCCUUCAAGAUGAUGAUUGA